GUUCAGAGAACACGAGCAGCGGAUGCCGCGGUCAACUGCAACUACGGCGCCAGCUGCUGGGCCUUCACGGUGCGGUCCAACGGAAGUGCAUACGUCAUGGAGCAGGGCAGUAUCCUGGGUUUCCAAAAGAGUCCUGGUGUGUGCACGUACGUCAAGAAGGCCAACUGGGGCAACGGCGCCUGCAACUGCGAGGCCACCUACGUGGUAGGCAACACAACGUACGCUGGCUGCACGUUCGACAGCUCCCAAAGGACCCUUCCGGACAAGCCCUGGUGUGAUGUCUCGCCCAGCAGCUGCGACGGUGGCUUUGAUUUCAUGCGGAACGUCAACGGCAUGGAGGUGCCUGGAGUCUACUGCACGUCGGGCCCGUUUGUUGCCGAUCUAUCUGACCCGCCUAGCCCGCCCCCGAUGACGCCGCCUAGCCCAACACCGCCCGCACCACCAUCUACUGGACGCAACGGUGCCGACCAGCAGCAGCAACAGCAGCAGCAGGGCGCGCCAACUGGGUUAGCGUUGAAUGAUGGAGUUGACACCGCCACCACUGGCGCCCGAAACAGCGGCAGCAGCAGUGCCGACGAAAGGGGCACAUCACACAGUAGCAGCAGCCGCAUCGAGAGCGGCCACUUGGCCGCGUCUACGGUGGCGUGAGUAAUACAGGCAGACCCCAGCAGCGCCAACGACAACUCCCAUACAUAAUAAUUGAAUGAUGAAUGAACAUGCAUGGAUAUGCUGAUGAAGAGAUGGUAGCGAUGGUUCACGCUGGCAAGCUCUAUCUAUCUCGCUCGGGUUGAUUGACCAGGUUACCAGGCGGGAGGUUGCUCCAGUAAUGGUUACACGAGGGACCUGCUGCUGACGCAAAGGGUCAUGCACUGUGGCUAUCACCAGUGCUCGUAUCUUAAGAGGGGCAGCAGGCGCGGCGCCAGUGACAGAUUUUCGAAAAAAGGCAU